UUUUCCUGUACGGUAAUCCAAGCACGAUGUUGUUCUCGCAAAAACGGCACGAAGGACCACCAUGGUUAGCUUUGCAGCACGCUUUCCGGAUUAGCAAAAGAUUACCCUGCGGGUCCUGUGGCAGCACAGCCACCGGUACAGUUUUCAUCACAUGCAAUAGAUGGCGGGGAAAUAUCAAAGAGACUAUAGCCAAAGGAUGGUGGAGUUUGAACACGGAGCGUACAGACAGAAAUACGGCGACGGAAGCGGAAUCGGGUGAAAAUGGUUCGAGUGCAGUGAACGAAGAGUUGGAAUUGCCAAAGUUACCUAUUCCAUUACUGGAACGUACCAUGAAAUUGUACCUCGAAACUUUAAAGCCCAUUUUAGAUGAAAAACAACAUGAUAGUGUACGUAGACUAGUGUCAGUGUUCACUAAUGGGCCAGGACCAAUGUUGCAAGAAUUGUUAAUUGAACGUAGAGAAGAACGUGACAAUUGGGCUUAUGAUUGGUGGCUUCAUGAUAUGUAUCUAUGUAAUCAAGUUUGUUUGCCUGUAAAUUCAAACCCUGGAAUGGUAUUUCCACCGUUGCCAAAUUUUUCAGAUGAAACACAAAUGGCUAAAUUUUCAGCCAGAUUCGUUGUUCAAAUGAUGAAUUUUAAACGGAUUUUAGACAAGCGAGCUUUACCAGUAGAAAAAGCAACAUCAAGAGAAAAAGGACAACCUUUAUGUAUGGCACAAUAUUAUAGACUAAUGACGUCAUAUAGAGAACCUGGUCUAGUUAAGGAUAGAUUAAUCAAUGUAGAAUCAGAGCUUACAAUAUCUCGCCCGCAUAUAAUAGUUGCUUGUAAAUCUCAGUUUUACGUAUUACGGUUAACAACCGGUGAUGAUGCUACACCAUUGUCUGAGGAACAAAUUGCAACUAAGUUACUCGAUAUAAUACUGGAUGCUAAAAAAUCUACAGAUACAACGAACACCAAGUACACCGUAGGAAUUUUGACAUCACAAAAACGAGAUGAUUGGGCUCAUAGUAGAGAAUUAUUGAUGAAAAGUGCAUCAAACCGCAAUAACUUAACAUUAAUCGAGAGAAGCUUGUUUAUCAUAAAUUUUGAUUUGGAGUCACCUGGCUUGGAAUAUAAUUCAGAUUGUAAGGUUGGAGCUAAAGGAUAUUUGCUAUCUAAUGAGAGAGAUGAAACCAAUAUGAUACAUCAAAUGAUGCACGGCGGAGGAAGCGAAUAUUGUACAGGAAAUCGUUGGUUUGAUAAAACUAUACAAUUGGUUAUCGGUCAAGACGGUGCCAAUGGAUUAUGUUACGAGCACUCGCCAUCAGAAGGCAUUGCCGUUAUUGAGCUUAUGGAAAAAUUAAUUAAAAGUACUAAAGAUUUAAAUGAACAAGUAAAUAACCCCAUCGCGUCAACUGAAAAAAUAGAAAAGCUAACAUGGAGUGUCAAUAACGAGCUCAUUAAACAUAUUGCCGAUGCUUCUUCCACAAUUGAUCGGUUGGUCAAAAAUCUCGAUUUUCACGUAUUUCGUUUCACUCAAUAUGGAAAAGAAUUCAUUAAGUCGUGUAAUGUCAGCCCAGAUGUUUAUAUUCAAUUAGCUAUGCAGUUGGCUUAUCACAAGUUACAUGGAAAAUUGGUUGCAACAUAUGAAAGUGCAUCUACAAGGCGCUUUAGAUUAGGCAGAGUGGAUUGUAUUCGUGCGGCAACAGUAGAAGCGUUAGAAUGGGCAAAAGCUAUGAAUCAGUCGGCAGUUACAGAGUCCGGUAUACUAGGAACAAAAAAAAUAUACUACACCGCGACUGAAAACGAGAAAUUGCAACUUUUUGAAAAAGCUGUCAAAAAACAAACAGAUAUAAUGGUUGACAACAUACUUGGUAUGGGUAUAGACAUCCACUUACUGGGUCUUAGACAGGCGGCUAAAGAAAAUGGUUUACCUUGUCCUUUAUUUGAAGACGAUUCAUACAGAAUUGCUAACAAUUUUGCACUAUCCACUAGUCAGUUACUGACAACGACAGACAGCUUCGUGGGUUACGGACCAGUUGUACCCGAUGGUUAUGGAGUUUCCUACAAUCCAAAACACAGUAGUUUAGUUUUUUGCAUAUCUUCAUUCAAAUCUUCCAGGAUUACGAAUAAAAACGCGUUCACAGCAGCGCUGGAACAAAGCUUGGUGGCAAUGCAAAAAAUGAUGUAUAAGAAAAAUAUUGAAACUUAAACAUAUCAAAAUGUUACUUUAGAAAUUUAAACAUAUCAAAAUAUUAUAUCAGUACCAUAAACAUAUCAUUGAGUGAUAAAUUAAGUUACGUUUAGAAAUUUAUAGUUACCUCACUGUUUUCAUUUGUUAAAUGAUAUUUAUUGUUAUUUGAAUAUUUAUGUGUUCUGGUUCUAGUCAAAAUUCUAGUCUAUUGUUAAUACAUAAUUAAUUCUAAUAUUUAUCUCGUUAUCAAUUACUUGUACAGAGUGUUCAGAAAGUAAGGAAAUAGACCAGUUGUUACAAACAAUGAGAAUAAUAGACACCCGUAUCCUUUCUUACUGAACAUUCUAUAUAUUUUUUUUAUAUUAUUUUUUAAUAAGCUACUAAAUACUAAACACUAUGUAUUGAAAUGCAUAUGUAAGUAACUUUUAGGGUUGAUACAUUGAAUUUACAAAAUUUAUAUUUAAUUGUUAAUUUUUUUUAAUAAAUAAUUUUAUUUAAUUGUUCCAUCUUUAUUAAGAAUUGUUGAUUUUUUUUUAAUAAAUAAAUUUAAUUUAAUUAAUCCAUCUAAUCAAAACGUAGAAUAAAUUUAUUUAGCGAUGUUAAUUUUUUUUUAUUCAUACCAUCUAGUGAACUGUUAAAAUGUCCAAAGUAAAAUUGCUGACAGAGAUUGUAAUCUUAUCAAAAAUUGAUAGCCAUAUUUUUAAAUCUUAUAAGAGUUAAAAUAAAUAAAUAAUAGUUUCAAAUUAUCAGUAUCGUAGCCUAAGUGAUUUUAGAGACAUACAACUCUCCAAGAACAUUAAUUCAAAUAAUUAAAUUAAAUAUGAACUAAUUUAAAUAUUACUAACAAAUCUGAUUACUAUGUCACUUUUAUAUAUCAUCUAAUUAAGAAAAUGACUGGUCAAUAACGACUUUUGGACCAUUAUUUCAAAGUCAUUAACAUUUUUAUACUUAGGCAAUAGGAAAAGAGAGGCCAUGAAAUGUUAAUCAUAAAAUAGCAUCAACAACCCACUCCUCAUCUGUAGUCAUUAGUUUAAAUUUAGUUAAAAUUGAUAAUAAUUUCUGAAAUACUGGUCCAAAAGUUGUUAUUGAUCAGUCAUUUUUUGAAUCAGAUCAUUUCCUAUUUUAUAAGUUGAGUAAAUAUGUAUGUUACCUAAAUGUAUGUAUUCAGCGUUGAUAGUGGUAACAUUGUUUCCAAAAUACGUAUCCGUGACUUUUCAGUCAAUUUUUGUGGUUUUUGAGUUUCAUAUUUUUUAGUUUUUAAAUUAAUAAAAUUUGGAAUAUAGUUUUAAUUCUAUUUAAAAAAUGUAUGUUACCAUUAAAAAAAAUAAAGUUAACACCCCUUUUUAGUUAUAAUAGAUGAUUUUAAAAAUUACUUAUUAGCUGAUAAAAUCAAGAAUUAUUUGUUGAUAAAUAUGUGUUUCCAUUAAAAAAAAUAGACAUAAGGCUUAACAUGAAAAAUAUUUUAUUACAGAUAAAUGGAGAUAUGUAUGUAACUAACAAAAACUAAAAAAAAAAUUAUUUUAAGAGAUAUUCCAGUGGUUAGUGUUAAAAAAAUCACUUGGUAUAUUUUUUUCUUUUUACUACAUCACAAUAAUUGUCGUAAUUUUAUAUAUGUUUAAUUAAUAACCAAAAACAAAAUGUAUGUAUAAAAAGAUUUAAAUAGUUUAUAUAAUUAUUUGUUUAAAACUAUUCAUAAAAAGUUUGAAUUAAUUAAUGGUUUGAAUUAUUUCUAUAUCCUCCGCCUCUUCAAAAAAAUAUUUUUGUAUAGUAGCUCUUAAAUACGUUAAUAAACAUUUUCUAUAAUUAUAAAUGAUUAAUAAUUUUAUGAAAUGAUAACAUUAAAAGCAAAAAUUUUUUUCA